AUGGAACAGAACGCCGGCUCGUUCCUCGCCGUGCGUCGCCUCUCCGGCGGCGCCAUCCACCACCAUCGCCACCACUCUUCGCCGGCUGAGGUCGUGGGCGUGUCCACGGCGUGGCUCGGGAAGGGGCUUUCGUGCGUCUGCGCGCAGAGGAGGGAGAGCGACGCGCGCCUCUCCUUCGAUUUGAGUCCCAUUCAGGAAGAGUGCUUGCAUAGGUUGCAGAACCGGAUAGAGGUGCAGUAUGAUGGUUCAAAUCUAGAGCAUCAGAAAGCACUGGAAGCCCUUUGGCGUGCUUCUUUUCCUGGAACUGAACUUCUAGGAUUAGUAUCAGACCAGUGGAAGGAGAUGGGAUGGCAAGGGAAAGAUCCAUCUACAGAUUUCAGGGGUGGUGGUUUUAUAUCUUUGGAGAAUUUACUGUAUUUCUCUAGGAACUAUCCAAAAUCCUUUCAGGAGCUCCUUUAUAAGAAGAAUGGUGAUAGAGCAUUGUGGGAAUAUCCCUUUGCUGUAGCUGGUGUAAAUAUUACAUUCAUGCUAAUUCAGAUGCUUGAUCUUCAAGCAGCUAAGCCAACGUCGUUGAUUGGAGCAGUUUUCCUAAAUCUACUCUUAGAAAAUGAUCGAGCGUUUGACAUUCUUUACUGCAUAACCUUCAAACUGAUGGAUCAGAAAUGGCUUGAAAUGCACGCCAGUUACAUGGAUUUCAAUGUACGUCUUUCCUUUCUCAUAUGCAAUCUUUCGGACACGUUCUUUGUACCAAGCACCUUCCUUGCUGACCAAAUCGUGGAACUCACGCUGCAGACGGUUAUUAAAUCCACACGGCGCCAGCUCGAGAGGGAGCUGUUGCUAGAAGACAUCCAGAGAAUCGAGGACAUGCCAUCAUACAGGUUUCUCACCUGCUAG